CUCUUCGUACAGUAGUACUAGUAGAUUCCAUUUUCUCUCCUUAACACUCUCCGCAUUCGACACUUGUGACUUGUUGCUUGACUCACGCACCACAUCACCGUAUAGCAAGCAAAAAUGGGAAACCGGCGGUUAGCGGUGGUAGCGAUAAGCGACGACGAGGACGACGACGACAAGUUGCCGCUAUCGCGUGUAACACGCGCUUCCAACAACGGCGAAGAUAAAGCGAAUAGUCAAAGGAAGCGUAAGAAAGUGAAGCUCGACGAAGAAGAAGAAGAAGAAGAAAAGCCACAGGAGGAAGAAGAGGAAGCGAAUAAUGAUGAUGAAAGUAGAGAUAAGAGGAAGAAGAAGAGGAAAGUGACGGAAAAUGAGGAGGAGGAGGAAGAGGAAAGAGGCCGGGGGAAGAGGAAUAAGAAGAAGAAAUUUGACGAAGAACCGGAGGUUGAAUCGGAACCUGAACCGGUUGAAGAGGAGGAGGAGGAGGUGGAAGAAGAACAGCUGGAAGAUGCUAAGCCUAUUGGUGAGGUAAUUAGGGUUACUGGAAAAGGUAAAGGGAGGAGAAACCAUUACGAGUCUUUUGAGUACGAUGGAAAUCGCUAUGAACUUGAGGAUCCCGUGCUCUUGGUUCCAGAAGCUAAAAAUCAGAAGCCUUAUGUGGCAAUUAUCAAGGAUAUUACUCAGACCAAGGAUGGGAACAUGAUGGUCACAGGACAGUGGUUUUACAGACCCGAGGAAGCUCAAAGAAGAAAUGGUGGAAAUUGGCAAUCACGAGACACGAGGGAAUUGUUCUAUAGUUUUCAUAGGGACGAAGUUCCCGCAGAGUCAGUCAUGCACAAGUGUGUGGUGCACUUCAUACCGUUAAACAAGCAGAUUCCAGGUCGGAAAGAGCAUCCUGGUUUUAUUGUUCAAAAGGUAUAUGACACUGAGCAGAUGAAGCUUUUCAAGUUAACAGACAAGGAUUAUGAAGAUACCAAACAGCAGGAAAUUGAUCUGCUUGUUCAUAAGACUAUUGCACGAGUUGGGCAUCUUCCUGACAUUGAAACUGAGGAUAAUUCUGCAGCUCCUGUUAGUCAGGAAGACCAAUUGAAGAGUAAACGACUUUUGAGGAAGAAGAGCAUGACGCCUUUGGAUGUCACCAGAGAAGAUGAAGCACCAACUAGAUUUGGUCAAUCUAAAGCAGAAACUCCAGGCAGUUGUCCCAAUAAUGCAUCAGAAUACUUCAUCAUCCUUUCAAACUUCAAUGUCCUAACUGGUGAAACACAGCGUGACAAAUGGCUGGAAAAACUGCUGCAGUCAAUUCAGUUUUUGUGCAAUCCUGUGGAUAAUGUACAAAAUGAUGGUAAAGAAAAAGGGGGCUCAGAUGUUACUGAUUUUACUGGUAAUACCGGUUCUGCAAAGCAUGUGAAUGAGUCUCUAGACGAUGGUGCCAAUGGUGAUAAGUUUCGAUGGCCAGACAGUGCUGUCCCUGCCGUAGUCGCUCUGGAGAAAGCUGCACACGAGGCUCUCUCAUGUGAUUUUCAGAAGUACAAUCAGAAGAUGAGGCAGUUAACAUUCAAUCUUAAGAACAAUUCUUCCUUAUCAAAAACAUUCCAGAACAGCUCACUCUUAGCACGCCGUCUUCUGAAUGGGGAGUUGGAUCCCUCACAAAUACUGAACAUGUCCCCCAAUGAGCUAAAGGAAGGUCUAACAGCAGAAGAGAUAGCAAGCAGGGAGCCCGAAGAGCCGGAGCCCAUACAGAUGACUGAUGCUCGUUGCAAAAGAUGCACAGAGAAAAAAGUGCGGCUCAUGGAGAUUAUUCAGGCUGGACAUGGAGACCGUUACCAGGUUUGUGCUUCCAGCUUUUUUCUGCUUGAGAUGGACUUCUUCGUUGAUACAUCAUGAUGUUUCUCUUUGGAUAUUUCUUGUCCUCUCUUAUUAUUAUUCAUUUUCUUUUGGGGGGAAGGGGUGGAGAACUGCUUAUUAUGUUAGCGAUUCCUUGCCGCACCCGAAACUUCAAAUAGUUGAUUGGAUUUUGAUUAUAUGUUGAUAGUGGUGGGGAAGAUAUUUAAAUAUUAU